GCGAUCGGAGAAAUCGCGCGGUGCAUGUGCCGCUAUCAUAUUGAAGCCAGAGCGUCUUUUCGCAUAUGUCAAAGCCAAUGGUUUCGCUUGUGGGGCCCAGCGGCGUGAACCCACGCCGACGAAAGCUAGUCGACCAAGAUGUUCCUCGUGAAUUGCGCACGAAAAGGGCAAAGCGAGCGCGACUUUCUCCUCGCCAGCGCCAGCAGCGUAUUAUUGAAGAGAAGGAAAGGUACCAACAGCUUGUACUUUUCUGGAUAAGAAUCAUCCAGUACUUCAUGAAUAAGGCUGCAAGAGCAAAAGCAGCAGCAGCUGUAGCUUCAGUACCAGUCUCAACAGCUGGCCCGUCAUCAACAGUUAGCCCAUCAUUGGCAGCAGGACCUUCGUCGGCAGCUGGCCCAUCCUCGGCAGCCGGCCCAUCCUCGGCAGCCGGCCCAUCCUCGGCAGCCGGCCCAUCCUCGGCAGCUGGCCGAUCAUUGGCAGCUGCACUGCUCUUGGCAGUUGGACCAUCAGCAGCAGCUGGACCAUCCUCAGCAGCCGGCCCAUCCUCGGCAGCCGGCCCAUCCUCGGCAGCCGGCCCAUCCUCGGCAGCUGGCCCAUCCUCGGCAGCCGGCCCAUCCUCGGCAGCUGGCCGAUCAUUGGCAGCUGCACUGCUCUUGGCAGUUGGACCAUCAGCAGCAGCUGGACCAUCCUCAGCAGCCGGCCCAUCGUCAGCAGCCAGCCAAUCGUUGACAACCGGACCGCUGUUGGGAACCAGACCAUCGUCAGCAGUCAGUCCAUCAUCGGCAGCUGGUCCAUCAUCAGCAGCUGGACCAUCGUCGGCAGCCGGUCCGUCCUCAGCAGCCGGCCCAUCCUCGGUAGCUGGCCAGUCAUUGGCAACAAGACCGUUGUCAGCAGCCGGACCAUCAUCGGCAUCUGGACCACUGUUGGCAGCUGCAUCGUCAUUGGGAGCUGGACCGUCAUCAGCAUGCAGCCCAUUGGCAGUGACAUUGCAGACAUCAGCAGCAUCACAGCCAUCAUACAGUGGUGGAGAUACAGGCAAUGCUGAUGUGGUCUUAGCACAGGAACCUGAGCAACCACUACUUGUGGAGCGUUUCAAUUCCAUACCAUUACUAGAGGGUGAUACGAAAGAGAUGUACGUGAUCGUGGACGAUUCAAAUUACACCUUCGAAUUGCCCUUUGAGUGCAUGGGAGACGCUAAAUCUGGAACUGAGGAAGCCAUUUGAGUUUAUUCUCAUUCCCAGCUGAAUAUCAUAUAACUUACGUGUUUUACUAAUACAAAUUAUUCAUGAAUUUAAGCAUUUUAUAACCUAUCAUAAAAUAGUAAGAAGUAGCGUCUUGUAUUAACAAUCAUUAAUUACUGAGAAAUAAAGUACUAUCACCCCA